AUGGUGUAUAGAAUUUCUUGUCUUUUUGUCUCACAGAGGAAGUCCAGAUCGAAAUCCAAGUACCCAGCAACACGUAGGUUGCUGUUGAAGACCAAACUGCUGAAGAAGGCAGAGAGUCUUCUGUUAAAGGAAAAAGAGCAGAAGAACAUAGAGAAAGACAAGGCUCUGAAUGAAAGAGUGCCCCCUCUAAAGGUCUCCGGGCUCUCAGUACAGGAGCUUCAGGAACUGUGUAAAGAUCUGCACCAAAAGAUUGAUGUUGUGGAUGAGGCUCGAUAUGACCUUUCGAUAAAAGUGGACAGAAAUGAUUUAGAGAUUCAGUCGCUGCAGCAUAAAAUCUACGGGCUGAAAGGGAGACUGAACAGACCCAAACUGAAGAGAGUGAAGAAGUCGGCAGAUGACAAGUUGGGGGCCCUGACAGACAACAAGCUUAUGAAGGCCGACUUCAAAGCCAACCUUAAGACUGUAAAGAAGGAGGAGGAAAAGAAAGAGGAGGUGACAGACUGGAGGAAGAAUGUGGAAGCCAUGUCUGGGAUGGAGGGCAGGAAGAAACUUUUCACUGCUGGACAAUGAAUCAUCAUCCAACUGCCAUGCUUUUACAAACUUUAAUGCUGCAGAUAAAAUAAUUAGAUUAGUUAGUUCUCCUGAGGAACUCUGUAUGGACUUAUUUUGAUGGAUUUUCCUGCGUGUUAGCUGUAUGUGUCUGUUUUGUUGUGUGAUUGCUGAAUUUUUUGAAAAUGUAAAAAGAUGAGGGGUUCAUGUCUCGUGUAGAGCACUGAUUGUUGAUUCAAAGCUUAAUUAUGGAGAAUAUUAUCAGGAGAGAUGGAUUAGAUGGUAGAAUGACAUAAUAUUCCUCAUAAUUGUGUAAAUAUUUGAUUUAAAUUCAGUGUGAUUGGGCUGAAUAAAUUUACUCUGUUUCCU